AUGGACAUCAACAGUAUGCUCAAUCCCAUGGAUAAGCAUAUGGAAAAGGCCACAAAAGGGGAGAAGCAAGCGUCGACGACCCCCUCAAACGGACAUUCUCACUUUCACCAUGGUCCCCUCCCCUCCGUCAACCACUUGCUCUGCUUGGCAAAUCCACCAGCUACCUUAGAGGCAGCUCUCCCGGCGAGGACACUGCAGUCAUCAAACAGUGCUGGAACCAACCUUCAGCUAGGGGACAUUGAGACCCGUGCUACCUACCAGGUGGUUGAAAGAUCUUACCAUGACUUAUACUAUCCUAUGGCUUAUACACCUCGUUCGACCACCUCUAUCAAAAGGUACCACAGCAACGAACGCUACAGCACUGAGCAGGUCCAUUGGAUCCGGUAUCACAAGACUGAUUUGAAAUGGAACUGGAAAGACAUCGCUGGUCGGUUCGUGAUUGUGUUCAGUACUGAAAGGCCAGAUGCUAGCGAAGGUGGUCUCACGAGUUCUUUUUAUCGCGACAACGACGUCCCUAGGAUUGAUAGGCAUGGAAAUUUCCUGUACGAUGCCACCACUAACAAGAUCUUGACCUUGGAUAUGAAGGUACGCACAAAAGAUGAAGGAGAAUGUUCAGAUGAAAAGUGUCCCUGGUCAUUUGUAGAGAGAUAUCCUUGGGCGGCGUUGAAAUAUGAUUGGGUGUCGCCAGCGCACAAGCUUCAGGCGAAGAAUAUCAUCGCCGACAUUAAGAGGAGACGUCACUACACUCGCAAGCAACAAUACAUUCUUGCGUUCCGCAGGCUUGAAAAAAAGCGGGCCUUGGAGCUCGCGAAUUGAGAAUCCUUUCCGGAAUUUUCAACCUCUUCCUCUGAUGAUGAUGAGAAUAUUGAAACGCCAAGCACGCCAAGGGCUCAUACGCGCCAGUCUGAUAUCGGACAGAUGCGUUUCGGUACAUCAUCACAAGCGGCCGAAGAGAGCGAUAUCCUCCACGGACAAUACUCACAAGCCUACUUGUUGGGGCUUAGGCAAGAACU